CGGAGGGGCCCGGAGGCUCCCGGCGGCGGGGCCGGGCCGGAGCGGAACGAGUCUGUUGCCACGACGUGUCUCUGGUGCAGGAUGAUGGGUGCCACGGCAGCCUGGGACCAGCUGGGAGCAGCUCCCCGAGCCCACGGGGCCACCGCAACGCGGAGCUACGGCUGAGCCCGGCGUGCCGAGCCGUGCCGAGCCAGGCGGAUGGAAAGCUGCAGCCCGGCAGGUAGGGAUGCUCCAACCCACCAAACCUCCCAGCCAACACAGCAUCAAGUGGGGCUGCACACCCAGCUGUGCUGACCGGAGGCUCCGUGCCCCACAGGGAGCCCCGCGCCCACCCCGCGCCCCAGCCCUAUGCCCGGGGAGCGGCGCCGAGCCUGCCGGCCUGCCCACCAUGAAGUGCUCGCUGCGCGUCUGCUUCCUCUCCACCGCCUUCCUCCUCAUCUUCGUCAUGUCGGUGCUCUUCACCUACUCCCACCACAGUAUCGCCUACCUGGACCCCGGCGGGUUGGGCGGCAUCCACCGGGUGAAGCUGGUGCCUGGUUACGCUGGCGUGCGGCGGCUGAGCCACGGUGUGCCAUACCCCAGGGGCUGCGUGUGCCGCCGCUGCCCCGAGGAUGCCGCCGCUGCCGCCACCGCAUGGUUUGACAGCCGCUACGAUGGCGCUGUGUCCCCGGUGUGGACCAAGGAGAACAUGGAACUGCCGCCAGACGUGCAGCGGUGGUGGAUGAUGCUGCAGCCGCAGUUCAAGUCCCACAACACGCAGGAGGUGCUGAGCAAGCUCUUCCAGAUCGUGCCAGGGGAGAACCCUUACCGCUGGCGUGACCCGCGCCGCUGCCGGCGCUGCGCUGUGGUUGGAAACUCGGGCAACCUGCGUGGCUCUGGUUAUGGGCACGAGAUUGAUGGGCACGACUUCAUCAUGAGGAUGAACCAGGCACCCACAGUGGGCUUUGAGGGGGAUGUGGGCAGCCGUACCACACACCACUUCAUGUACCCCGAGAGCGCCAAGAACCUGCCUGCCAACGUCAGCUUCGUGCUGGUGCCCUUCAAGACCUUGGACCUGCUCUGGAUUGCCAGCGCCCUCUCCACUGGCCAGAUCAGGUUCACCUAUGCGCCCGUGAAGCCUUUUCUGCGGGUGGACAAGGAGAAGGUGCAGAUCUACAACCCUGCCUUCUUCAAGUACAUCCACGACCGCUGGACGGAGCACCACGGGCGCUACCCCUCCACUGGCAUGCUGGUGCUCUUCUUCGCCCUCCACGUCUGUGAUGAGGUGAACGUCUUUGGGUUCGGUGCCGACAGCCGUGGCAAUUGGCACCACUAUUGGGAGAACAACCGCUAUGCUGGCGAGUUCCGCAAGACCGGGGUGCAUGACGCCGACUUUGAGGCACACAUCAUCGACAUGCUGGCCAAAACCAGCAGGAUUGAGGUCUACCGGGGCAAUUAACCCAGGGCCGGGCGGCCGCGUGUCCUCCAGCUCCUAACCCCGGCACUGCCAGAGCUGCCCCGGCUGCUGUUGGGUGCUGGCAGCCGAUGGGGUUCUGAGCUCUUGGCAGACUUGGUGUGGUUUGGGGAGUUUUGACUUGAUGUUGGUAGUAUUAAGGAACCCGCUUCAGCCAAGCAAGGAUUUGAAGACACCACCAGCGCCGGGGGAGCGCCCGACUCGCAUCUCUUACAGUCAAACCAAAUGCUGCUCUUUUUAAAACAAGGACAAAACAACAACAGAAUCCUAUAUGAAAGCCCCCAAACUUGGUGACUUUGGGGAGCACUCGAGCCCGGGAUGAGGGCAGGGUGACAAUCAGCAGCAGGCCGGGCCAGCUCCCCAACAGCAGGACACAAAACGGCCGCUGCUCUGGCCUUCCAUUGUAGGUUUUCUCCCCCUUUGCUUCUCCUGUGGCUCUUGGGAAGGGGUCUGGACUCUCGUGGUCCCCUUGGUCAGAUUCUCCCCAUGUUGUGUUGUGGGAUAGGAGGGGUUUGUGGGGGUGGGGAGGUUGCAAAAGGCAGCUGAGAAACCCGAGCGCCUGGUGGAGGUGACAGCACGGUGGGGCACAGACUGUGUGUCCAUCCCUCACUGUCUGGGCUCCCCUUCGCCUUGGGCACAGGAGCAGGUUAGGAAAGCUUUAGCAGGUGAGUGAAACACAGCCGGGGGGGUCGUUUCUUAUUUCCCUUUUGCUGCACACAGACAGCUGUGGCCAGAAGCUGCAAUCCCAAAGCUCGUGGUGUUGGACAGUGGCUCGGUGUGGGGGGGUGGAAGGUGCUGGAAGCUGCAGCGGUGACCGAUGGACGAUCACACAGGGCUUGGGGGCAAACUUCCCUUUUUCUAUUCGGCUUCUCUCUACGUUUCUCUGCUUUGGGGGUGUUUUCCUUUCUGAGGUUUCUCUCUGCGGUCGCGAGGUGCCAGGGCUGUGCUGUGCCUGCUGCUGGGACGGCAGCCCCCGAGGCAGCGGUGUGACCGCCAGCCCCAGCCCACACCUUCCCAGCACCUCGUGUCGGCGUUGCCUUCUUCUGGGGGAAGAAAACCACACAAAUCACACGACCACGAGCAACAACGAGUGCCUUGACUAACCACCCUCGGCUGCGCUGCCCUGCGAGCACAGGGCUCGGGAUGCACAGCAGCGCUCCCAGUCCCCCUCCAUCCUGGGGGCAUCAGCAUCAAUCGGGCACCCCUGGCACUGGGCUGUGCCUGCACACUCCCACUCUGGGUCAGACAAUCCCGAGCCCACCGGCAGCACCAUAAUGAUUUUUUGGCUGAUUUCCUUCCGCCCCAGCCCCCCCCCCCCCAACUCUUUUUAUUAUUAUUGUUAUUAUUAUUAUUAUUGUUAUUAUUUAAACUGUCCCAACACAAGGACUCACGACCACUCCUGUUUCUCCGCAGAGCGGCCGGCGAGUGCAUGCACGAGCAUGCUGCACGGCCUGCGGGCACCUCCGAGCACCACUGUACUGUACAUAGAGGAGAUGUGGGCAGAGGCUGUGGGCACUGGGGAAGAGGGUUUGUUUUGGGGAGAAACCGAGGUUUUGGGUAAUCCCCAUCACAGGGCAAAGCGGCCCCACAGCCUCUGCGGAUGUGGGCUCUCCUGCACACAACUGUCUUAAAACAAUUUGGUUUGUUGGGUGUUUUGGUUGUUUAUUUUUUAAGUCAAUAAAAACCGUGCAUCUGGA